GGAGGUGUCGCGGCGCGGCGGGUGCGGUUCAGUUGAGCGGCGGCGACGGUGGAGGAUGUGGGCUCUGCAUAGUCUGGUGGUGGCGCUGGCCCUGAGCGUGCUGCCGGGCAGCUGGGCGCUGCGGCCAGGCGACUGCGAAGUUUGCAUUUCUUAUCUGGGAAGAUUUUAUCAGGACCUCAAAGACAGAGAUGUCACAUUCUCACCAACCACUAUUGAAAAAGAACUUAUAAAGUUCUGCCGUGAAGCAAGAGGCAAAGAGAAUCGCUUGUGCUAUUAUAUUGGGGCCACAGAUGAUGCUGCCACAAAAAUCAUCAAUGAGGUGUCAAAGCCUCUGGCCCACCACAUCCCUGUGGAGAAGAUUUGUGAGAAACUGAAGAAGAAAGACAGCCAGAUCUGUGAGCUAAAGUAUGACAAGCAGAUUGACCUGAGCACAGUGGACCUGAAGAAGCUCCGAGUGAAAGAGCUAAAGAAGAUCUUAGACGACUGGGGAGAGACAUGCAAAGGCUGUGCAGAGAAGUCUGAUUACAUCAGGAAGAUAAAUGAACUGAUGCCUAAAUAUGCCCCCAAGGCAGCCAGUGCUCGGACUGAUUUAUAGUCUACCCAAUCCAGUUCCUGCUGCACCCAAGGGGAAGAAGUUUGGCUGUCUCUUGCCAAAACAGCCUUUUUGUAAUUUAUUUUUUAAGUGGGCUCCUGACAAUAUCAGAUAUGAAGCCUGGAGCUUUCCUGAUGAUGUGGGCUCUAUGGUGCCCCCAUAGCGGGAUUCAUUUCCUUCUGUUGCUGGUUUACUCUAGGACUUCAAAGUAUGUCUGGAAUUUUUUUAUUAAAAGAAAAAAAAAUCUGUC